CGGAGACGAAACGAAAUAGGAUUACCCAAAGAUUUGGAAAAUAAAUAAAUGGAUAUAUAUAUUGAAGACGAAGAGAAAGAGUAGAAAUAAUUGGAGAAAAAGAAAAAGAGUGACAUGGAAUCUGUAUUAUCAGCUAAUGAGAAUGAUAAGCAGAGUUUGGUCUCUUCGUUUCUCGAGAUCGCCGUUGGACAAACCACCGAGACCGCUAUACAAUUUUUACAGGCCACAAGUUGGAAGCUUGAGGAAGCUAUUCAGCUGUUCUAUGUGGGUAAUGAAGGUGGAGCAAAUGUAUCAACUGCACACUCUUCACCGGAAGAAAAUCCUAUUUCAAAUACUGCUGUUGAGAAUUCACUACCUGCAAACUCUGUGCUAGAUGCUGGAGAUGAAGUACGGCCUCCCCUUCCUGUUGUUAGGGAGACACUUUAUGAUGAUGCUGCCUUUUAUGGCAUGUCGAGGGAAGGACGACAUGAACCAAGCUCCUUAAUCGCAUUCCGGAAUUUUGAUGAGGAAAUGAAGCAUCCUGGGGUUUGGGAAUCCGAUCAAGGUGCUACUUCUUCAGCAGAUACUUCACGAGAUAAUCUUGCUUCUUUAUAUCGUCCACCUUUUCAUCUAAUGUUCAAUGGCUCUUUUGAAAAGGCCAAAGAUGCUGCCUCUGUUCAGGACAAAUGGCUCCUAGUGAACUUGCAAUCUACAAAGGAGUUCAGUUCUCAUAUGCUUAAUAGGGAUACAUGGGCAAAUGAAGCUGUUUCCCAAACUAUUAGUACGAACUUUAUCUUUUGGCAGGUGUAUGAUGAUACAAGUGAAGGCAGGAAAGUUUGCACCUAUUACAAACUGGAUUCCAUUCCAGUAGUUCUUGUCAUUGACCCAAUCACAGGACAAAAGAUGCGCUCAUGGUGUGGAAUGGUCCAACCUGAGAGUUUGCUAGAGGAUCUAGUUCCUUUCAUGGAUGGUGGUCCAAAGGAUCAACAUGCAACUUUGUCUCAUAAACGCCCAAGAGGAAGUUCUAUGACUCCUCAACAAAAAAUCAAAGUGUCCACAGAGGAAGCUGAUGAAGAAGACGAGGAAGUGCUGCAAGCAUUGGCAGCUUCUAUGGAGAACAUAAAGGACUCUACUCUAGUGAUACCUAGUGAUGAAGUUGUAACUAUUACUGACGAUGAAACAUGUACUACUAAGAAACCUACAUAUCCACCUCUACAUGAAGAACCCAAAGGUGAUAGGAGUCUUCUUUGCAGGGUUGGUGUCCGUCUCCCUGAUGGACGGAGGAUGCAGAGAAAUUUUUUACGUACAGAUCAAAUACAGCUGCUAUGGUCUUUCUGUUAUUCUCAACUAGAGGGAGCUGAGACAAAGCCAUUUCGCUUGACACACGCAAUCCCAGGAGCUUCAAAGAGUUUGGAUUACGAGAGCAAAUUAACUUUUGAGGAAUCAGGGCUUGCCAACUCUAUGAUAUCAGUUACUUGGGAAUGAAAACAUGGUCUUGUUGGGCACUAUAUAACCAAUUUCUUAAAUUAAAGCCCUUUUGUUUUUGUGUUUUAUUAUAUGCUUUUGUUUUGAUUACUUUUGUUCUAUCAGGAGCAUGGAUCAAGCUUUUAUUUAAUAUGUAUAUACUCUUUAAAUGAAUGGGAUAACAAUCACUAGUGUAUGCUAAAUCGAAUGUUGUUUUAUAA